AUGCCGGCAGAGGAAUCGCCGGAGCUGGUCCCGUCGCCGUCGCUUGUCCGCAAGAGGGAGAGGACAGAAAGAACAGAGAGAGGAGAUCGGGGAAAAGGAAGAGGGGAAGGGAUUCGCCUCACCUCCGCCGCCACCGAGUGCGGCAUCCAUCGAACAUCUGGAGAUUGCAACACCAAAUCCAUCAAAAGUACAAAAGGUCUACGACGGCAGCCAUACGCCGUCCAGCCAUCGCCUGGCAGCGGCCAGCCACACGCCGGCCAGGCAGGGCUUGGCGCCGGCGGCCAGGCAGCGGCUGCCGCCGCCGGCCAUGCACGCGGCUGGCGGCGGCGGCCAGCACGCGCCUGCCGCCGGCGGCCAUGCACGCGCCUGGCGCGCGGCGGCCAGGCAGCGCCCGGCGGCGGCCAGGUAGCUCCCGGCGCCGGCCAGGCAGCGCCUGCCCGCGGCCAGGCAGCGCCGGCAGGCAGCCCUACGACGGCGAGAGGGAGAGAUCCGAGGGCAGAGUGCUUACCCGGAGAUCAAGCGAUCGUCGCAGAUCACGCCGUCGUCGGUCGGAGAUGUGGCCGAAACCUGGAAAUCGCAGCUUGGGAAGGGGUGAACGGGGGAGAGAGAGGGGAAAGAAAUGAGGGAAGGGAAAAAGUAUCGGGUGAGUUCUAG